UUUUUUUUUUUGGUAUGAAAAGCUAAAGGGUGGGUAAAACUAUCAAGAUGUGGGAGAGAUUCGUUUGCUCUUGAACAAAGUAUGGGCCUGGAUAUGACGUGAGUUUCUGCAGUUUGGGGGAGAAGGCGGUAGGGAAGUGUAAGUUUCAGGGAAAAAGAAGUAGUGGGAAAUUGAAUAAUGGCGGUGACACAGAACAAUGAAGGUGGAUGUUAGUUGGUUAGAGAUACUUCAGAACUACUUUCUCUUUGGAUUUUGUUGUUGUUGUUGUUGUUAAGAAAAAGUCUUUAAAAACCACACAUGUUCAAGUAAGGCGAAGGUAUCUGCAGUCUUGAGAUGAAGGUCAUGGGUUGACAGAUGUUUUUCUGGUGUGGAUAUGGCGGAUUUCUGCCCUGGCAGAGUGAAGGAGGAAUGCCUCAUCCCUUAAAUUGCAACCAAGGCAAUGGCUUACUACCUCAACUCAGAAGCCCACCUGGAUCCGGGGCCCAUCUAUGUUCGAGAAAAUGGGCAGCUCCACAUGGUCAGUCUGGCCUUGGAUGGUGUUAAGAACAGCCUGCAGAAGCCACGGCCUUUCAGACUCUUUCCCAAAGGCUUUUCUGUGGAGCUAUGCAUGAACAGGGAAGACGACACUGCACAGAAAGAGAAAACUGAUCACUUCAUUUUCACGUACACCCGAGAGGGGAAUCUGCGCUACUCUGCUAAAUCCCUCUUCAGCCUGGUGCUGGGCUUCAUCUCCGACAAUGUUGAUCACAUUGAUUCCCUUAUUGGCUUUCCUGAGCAGAUUGCUGAGAAGUUAUUUUCUGCUGCUGAAGCCAGACAGAAAUUCACAGAGCCAGGUGCAGGGCUGAGGGCUUUACAGAAAUUCACUGAGGCCUAUGGAAGUCUGGUGCUUUGCUCACUGUGCUUGCGAAACAGGUAUUUGGUGGUUGCAGAAAAACUUGAAGAGAUCAAGUCUUUCCGGGAGCUGACCCGCCUGGAUCUAUCUUGUUGCUGGCUUGGAGAUGAGCAUGAACUUCUAGAACAUCUCACCAAUGAGGCCCUGUCCAGUGUAACUCAGCUCCACUUGAAGGAUAAUUGCUUAUCAGAUGCAGGCAUUCGGAAAAUGACAGCGCCAGUACGGGUGCUGAAAAGAGGCCUUGAGAAUCUAACGCUGUUAGACCUGUCUUGUAACCCUGAGAUAACAGAUGCUGGAAUUGGAUACCUAUUUUCUUUUAGAAAACUAAACUGCUUGGAUAUCUCUGGAACAGGACUAAAGGAUAUCAAAGCCGUUAAGGACAAGCUCCGGACACACAUAGGCCUUGUUCACUCCAAAGUGCCUUUGAAGGAAUUUGAUCACAGUAACUGUAAAACAGAGGGCUGGGCUGACCAGAUUGUCCUGCAGUGGGAGCGAGUGAGCGUGGAAGCGGUGCGGCAGCGGAAAGAUCCGGAGCCUCGAAAGGCAGCUCAGUACUUCUAUCAGAAGCGAGCUCUCACAGAAGCUUCAAGGAAAUGUCCCCUAGCAGAGACCCACAUGAACUCUUCUGGAAAACUCCAGUUCUAUAGGGAGAAGGCUCCGGACUGCCAUGAGCCACUGUUGAGCCAAGAAUCAAAGAAGAGCAAAAAGAGAGCUUUCGAGGAGUCAGAGCAGGAGCAGAGCUCGCCGCAGUCAGCUAAGCAGAAGUGUGUGUGUCUGGCUGUGGAAGACUGGGAUUUGCUCAAUUCCUACUGACUGACACAUACAGUUGAUACCCCCUCACCUCAGCACAUGAGAUGUGGAGGACUGCUGGUGAUUUUCUUUUGGUUUGGAUUUACCUUUGGCAUUAGCAUAGCAAGCAGAUAUUUCUACUUUUGUGGUGGGGGAGGGAAGGCUAUGGACGUCUGUAAUAAUUUCUAAUGUAUAUUUUCAAUACAUAGUAAUUUUUUCAAAUAAACUCUUUUGCUCUCGUUGAA